AUGCCGGAUCAGGAAAGCUACACCAUCGGCUGGAUCUGUGCCAUAAAGACCGAGCUGGUUGCUGCGCGAGCCUUUCUCGACGAAGUGUACGAAAGGCCCGAAUAUGUGUCCCCCAAAGAUGAUAACGACUACACACUGGGCAAGAUUGGGGGGCAUAAUGUCGUCAUUGCUGUCUUGCCUAGCGGCGAGUACGGUAUAGCCUCUGUGACAGGCGCCGCGAAAGAUAUGCUGCACAGCUUUCCCAGUAUUAGACUCGGUCUGAUGGUCGGCAUCGGUGGUGGUGCGCCAAGCAAAAAGCACGAUAUCCGUCUAGGUGACAUUGUUGUUAGCAAUCCAAAUGACGGGAACGGUGGCGUAUUCCAAUAUGACUUUGGCAAGACGAUACAAGACCAAAGUUUCCAAACAACAGGAUUCUUAAACCAGCCACCAAGAGUCCUGCGGACGGCGGUGAGUGGACUUCAGGCGCAAUAUGAGGCAGAUGGUCAUCAGCUUGAAAAUGCCAUCAACGGCAUUCUCGAGAAAAAGCCAAAACUCCGGAAGAAGUACAUGCGGCCGAGCCUAUGCACCGACAGAUUGUAUCAAAGCGAAGUCGUUCAUCCCCAAAAUAACGACAACGGUUGUGCGGAAACUUGUGGCGAUAACCCGAAAGACUUGGUACCACGAGUUGAACGGACCGAAGAGGAGGAUAACCCAGCGAUUCACUACGGCCUAAUUGCUUCAGCGAACCAGCUGAUGGAGAAUGCUUUAUUCAGAGAUAGACUCGCAGCGGAAAAGAACGUUUUGUGCUUCGAAAUGGAAGCGGCAGGCUUAAUGAACAGUUUCCCCUGUUUGGUUAUUCGCGGUAUAUGUGAUUACUCAGACUCGCAUAACAACAAGGAGUGGCAAGGGUACGCAGCGAUGACUGCGACUGCGUAUGCGAAAGAUCUUCUAUGUAGGAUUGCCCCAAACCAAGUUAAGGCCGAGAAGAAAAUUGACGUUCCAUCUGGUCAGUCUAAGGGCCCCCUGGAGUCAUUCAAUUCAUAA